UUUAGUUCGGAAUGCGUCUUUGUCGGGAUAAAACGCAAAGCGAAGAGGCUACUGUGUAAAAUGAUGAAUUAUAUUAUUGAUAAGGUGAUUUUAGCUAGUACAUCAUACGAUAGUAGUACAUAUAGCAAGCGAUCUAGGGUUGCAUCGGAAUGGACUCCGUUGUUGGGUAAACCUGAUACAUUUUUUAUUAUCCCACAACGAUGGGUAAUGGCCAUCAUGGGAUUUCUGGCGGUGGCGAACGCAUACACAAUGCGUGUGUGUCUUAACAUAGCCAUCACACAGAUGGUCAGGCGGCAUGCACCAUCAUCAGCGUAUGAAGAGGGAUCCUGUCCUGCUGAAGUUGAGGAAGCACUAUCAGAUACCUCUGAAAUCAGUGGUUACAAUUGGGAUGAAGAGACUCAGGGCAUUAUUUUGAGCGCAUUCUAUUACGGAUACAUUGUAACGCACUUACCUGGUGGAAUGUUAGCUGAGAGAUUUGGCGGGAAAUACUCCCUUGGUUUUGGAGUACUUAGUACAGCUGUUUUCACUCUACUCACACCGUGGACUGUGAACAUAGGCGGCGCCACGGGCCUUAUUAUUUUACGAGUCUUGGAAGGACUUGGGGAGGGUACAACGUUUCCUGCUUUGAAUGCGAUGCUUGCCCGAUGGGCUCCAGUAUCUGAGAGAGGAAGAAUGGGUUCCCUUGUGUUUGGAGGAGCUCAAAUAGGAAACAUUGCUGGAACAUAUUUAUCUGGAUUAGUCAUUAAGGAGACUGGUGACUGGGAGUCUGUAUUCUAUCUCUUCGGCAGUAUUGGAAUUUUGUGGUUCAUUUUAUGGGCUCUACUUUGUUACAACGACCCUGAAUCACAUCCGUACAUAUCUGACAAAGAGAAGAAAUACCUGGAAGAAGCGCUUGGUAGACAUCGUAACAGCCAGCCAUCAGCUAUUCCGUGGAAAGCUAUCUUUAUGUCCGUUCCGCUUUGGGCUCUUGUGUGUGCACAGAUCGGCCACGAUUACGGCUAUUUCACAAUGGUCACGGACUUACCAAAAUAUAUGACCGGCGUCCUGAAAUUCGACAUCCACAGAACGGGAACGUUGGCUGCCUUACCAUAUAUUGUGAUGUGGAUAAGCUCAAUCAUAUUCGGCUGGCUGUGUGAUAAGAUUGUGAAGAGGCAAUGGAUGACUGUCACUAAUGCUAGGAAGACUUUUACGACUAUUGCGUCUGUCGGCCCCGGUAUCUGCAUGAUCCUAGCGUCAUACUCCGGCUGUAAUACUGAGACAGUUGUCAUAUUAUUCACGGCUUCGAUGGGUCUUAUGGGAGCCUUUUAUCCAGGAAUGAAAGUGAACGCUCUCGACCUCAGCAGUAACUACGCUGGUACCAUAAUGGCUAUUGUGAAUGGCAUAGGAGCUAUUACAGGAAUAAUAGCGCCUUUCUUAGUUGGACUGUUGACACCUGAUAGCACUCUCGUACAAUGGCGUCUAGUAUUUUGGAUCACCCUAGCGGUAUUUAUCGUUACGAAUUUAGUAUUCGUGGCAUGGGCAUCCGGCGAUGAACAAUGGUGGAACAGCAGACCUCAAGAAGCGAGAAAGCAGACAGAGGCUUCAGGAUCCGUUAAUACUGAAGUUAAAACUCAGGCGUAGUUUUUUAAUUGGUUAUAGUGUUCAAAGAGUUCAGAAAACAAAUUAUCGUUAAAAUAUUAUUCACAACCAUUAUAAUAAUUUUAUUUAAACAUUAUUGAAGCCACAGCUUUGAAUUUAUAUGAAACUUAAAUAAAAAUCAUGCUACUUAACAAUACCAAAAAUAUCUACUAAUAAAUCUUGUUCUCUGAACUCUUUGGAAUAGAAGUAAAAAGUACAAAAAGUAUUGUAAACAUUGAUUCUUUCUGAAUACCAAAACGGUAAUACCAUACGUACAAGUCAUAAAUACUAAUCGUCAAUUACUACAGAAACAAUUACUAUAGAAAAUAACGACGACUGUUCAUUAGUAAAGAUAUUGAAACCGUUAGCGAGUGAUCGUUCCGUUUUACGUACAACCCACACGUUUUGGAGUUCAAUAAGAAUCAACCGCCAGUGAUGUGAUAGUAAAUUAUGAUUAUAAAUUAAUAGGAAAUAUUGAAAUUGCAUAGCGAUUGAUACAUGUGAAAUUUGUCUAUGGAUAUAGGGGACAAAAACAAAAGACGAACGAAAAAUUUCGUGUGAUUGUGAUUGAUCAAACGGGAACAUGGAACGUGUCAAGUCUAUGAUUGGAUUAGUGAAGUUGACCAAUGAAACGAAACGCGCUAUCCUGUCUUUCGUUUUAAACUCUCACUCCCAGGGUAUUAUUCAUACAUAAAUCAUCCUUUUUAGAUUAUUUUAAGUCAGAAUCAAGGUUGUCAAAUUCUAAGAGAAGUGCAAAAAGGCUGAUUCUGUUUAAUGAAUGAAGUAGUUGUUAUAGCUUUUUGUUUUGUGUUAAUGUCGACAAUUGUACUGAAACAUGUUAUCAUUAAAUGUUAUAUAGUUUGAGGCGUAUUGCUUGUUAUUUUUUGAAUAAUUCUGAUACAUGGAAGACAUUUUUGUCUCGCCUAUGUCUAUUAUAUGGUAUCCCUCUCGCUACAUAAGUAAAACUUUGUACAUAUUUAAUUGAUUAUUAAGGUAAAAGGCAGGGUUCACUGUUUUUGUUUAAUAUUGCAUAUGUGAAACUUUAUUAUAAUAACAGAGUUUUCAUCUUUGAAAAACUUUAUUACGUGGCAUUGUACAUUUGAUUGAAUGCGUUUGUAAAUAGGAAUGAAAGUUUAGUACUUAAAACUUAUACUAGAUGGCGCGAAUAUUAACGGAAUGCCUUUGUUAAAAUUUUGUUAUAGCAUCAAUUAAAUAUUAAUAGUAUUUUUUUAAAUUAAAUCCAAUUAUCAACCGAGAGUAUGAUGCAACCACAUAAACCACGAUGUCAAUGUUAAAUAUAACUGAAAACAAAAUUUGAUCAUAUCAGUAAAACAAGAAAAGGCUGUGAACAAAAUUUAUUAGCUUAACACACAGUUUAAAAAAUUUGUGCCAUUUGAACGAUCUGUUGUAUUAUGUAAAAUAUUUAUAAGGAAUGUAUUAUAAUGUUUUUAAUAAAUAAUUAAACUUA